AUGAGGCAUAGUGCCCUCUAUGUCGCUUCCUUGUUGCCCGAAAUUAGUACUAAAUUUGGUAUUGUCACUACAAAUCAGCAAAAUAUUAUCAAACCACAGAGUUUCCACACCCAACAACAGUUACGCAACAGCGACGCGGACGCGGACGCAGCCAGAGACAGUCAAACUGUUGCUGCAUUCGCUUCGGCGACGUCCACAGGAUGGGGUAUAUUGCCAGAGCAACGCGUGACAAACAGCGAAGAUAUUACGCAAAAUCAAUUAGAUGACAAUAAACCGCAAGCGCUGCAGCAUAGUGUUGCAGAGCAGCAACAACAAAUACAACAAAAAGGUGCCAAAUUCAAUUGUGCAACCGCCGCCAAAACAAAUUCAGGCGCGGACACACUCUCAAAACACUUCUCCACUCUUUCCUCCUCGUAUGAUUCUUCAGCUUAUGCGAUCGCAAGCAUCUACAACAAUUACAAUAACCAUAUACAGCAACAACAACAGCAGCCAUCCCAAUUGCCUUCGUCGCGCACGCGCUCAAUCGCAUCGGAAGCGCCGACGCCACGACUAAGCGAAACGCAUUCAACGCAAGCGUACGCAAAGAGUCCGGCCAACUCGCAAGAGCGAAAAGUUAGUAAGGCAAGGAAGAAGAAAUUAUCAACAGCGCCGACCACGACAACCACAGGGAAGGCAAAGUGGUCCAAGUUGUUGAAAUCUCCACUCAAACAGCAUCAAAAGGUGCACACAGCGCAUAGAAAUCAACAUAAGGAGGUGAGGCGUCAUCGCGCGGUAGUGGGCGAGGAGCUUUGGAAAGCCCAAGAAAGCGCCCAGAAUCUGCACUGGGCACAGGAAACUAGCGCGGCCAUAAAGCGCCGUUUACGUCGCUCGACCGACGCCAUAAUUUUGCUGCCUGCGCUCAAUUUUAUCAAUGAUGUGUACGAGAAUAACUUGAGUGACGAAGAGCUAAGUGGUGAGGGUGUACGUGUAGCGCGACGUGCAGUGAGCGAUAGCAGCAUCGAAAGGGGUGGUGUUACGGCCACAGGACCCACGACGCAAUCUGAAGCAGCAGCUCAUGCUUCCUCUACAUCCCAAUCUGCUUCUUCUUCAUCUUCCGCUUCCACCGCCGUCUCUGUCUCUACAUCAGCUGCAGUUGCUUCGUCCUCUUCUGCGCUAUCCGCAUCCUCACUGGAGGACUUUAGUUUUUCUUCGCCUGCUGUGCAAACGCCGCAUAGCGCCAUUUAUAGCAACUCUACUACAGCAAAUCAACAUGUCGAAGAGGUGCCUAAGCCAAUCGUAUAUGUGCCGCUCAAGUCUAAGCGUGCACGAUCAGCAGUCAGCAGUGUCAGUUUGCCCGCCGAGGUGCUUCGUAAACCGAAGGAACCAAUUAUAAUUAUCGAUGAUGUGGAGGAGUUUGACAGCGGCACCGAUCGUGAGCGUGAAUUAGCCGCCAUGGCGACAGUGGAUGACAAGAGCGAAGAUUACUCGCACGAUGAGCCAAUGGAGCCGCGCGUAUUACCUCUUCGUCCAGUGUUACCUAAUCCGUAUGAGGAUGAGGAGAUGUCGGUGGUGUAUGCGGAGCAGCAUUCAGAGAUACGAUUGAUGUGCGAGGUGGACUUGGAUAUAGCGUCGAGCACGUGGUACAAAAAUGGGCAGGUGGUGCACGCUAUGGAUCGCACCUCACGUGCCACCGAUUAUCGUUUCAUUAAAGAGCCAAAUGGCGCGCUCACCAUAACAAACGUAAUGCUCGAGGAUGAUGGCAAGUGGCGAUGUGAAGCCGAGAAUAUGCAGAGAUACACAGAGAAUGCCAGACCCGUAAAAUUGGUGGUAUUAGAUCGCCCCAAGCCACCAUAUUUGUUGAUCGAUUCACGACGCCUAGAUGCAGGCAAUAUUUUUGUGCCAGUCAAAGAGAAUUCCGAGUUGAACUUGGCCUGCGUCAGCGAGGGUGGCAAUCCAAAACCGACGCUCACAUGGGAGGUGCUACUCAGUCCAGGUGUGGAUCGUCAUGCGCAGAAGGUGUCCGCUGAGGUGUUGGAACUCGAGGAGGUGAAGAAUGAUAAGGAUAAAAACUCAUACAAAAUCAAUAGCGGCGCGAAAAGUGAGGCCCGUUUGCCGGCCGUCUAUCGAGCCCAUCAUAAUGCCCGCAUUCUGUGCGUUAUGGAGCAUCCGACGUUGAAGAUACGCCAAAAUGCAUCGCUGCUGCUCGACGUGCAAUAUACACCUUCGUUCGCCAUCUCACGCACACCCGGCUUCGGUUAUCCGCUGCGUGAAGGCAUUGAAGUUUCGCUAAAAUGUGAUGUUGACUCGAAUCCGCCGAGUACGCCGCGCUGGCAGAAGGAUGAUGGCGAUACGCCGGUCCCCCAAACGGGCGAUGGUUUCCUAAACUUUACAUCAAUACUUCACGAGCAUUCUGGCUGGUAUAAAUGCACGUCACGACAUUUGAACUUUCAAUACUCAUCGAUUGGCUACUAUUUGAGUGUGAGAUAUGACUCCGUUGAUGUCACCUCCGAGCCAGACGAUCAGGAUAUCUCCGUCGCUGCGGCAUCGCAUAACCCAAAUAAAGGUCAGCUGGAAGUACAAUUGGGUGGCGCAGUGACGUUGCAGUGUCCACAAGGUUCCUUAGGCUGCUGGUCGCAUUUAGAUCCGGUAACCGCUCGCUUGCGUGGUCUGGGCCAUGGUCUCACCACACCCACCGGUCAAUUUUCACUUAAAGAUGUUGUCUAUCACGAUGCGGGUACCUAUAAGUGUAUUGGUCAAUCGCCAACGAACAAAAAGAAACUGGAAGUGCUGCAGACGGUGGGCGUAACAGUGAAAGGCUCUCCCACCGUUGUGGCGCGCAAUGCCACACCCGUCGCUUAUCCCGGCUCACCGCUGCAUCUGGCCGUCGAAUUUUGCGCCAAUCCACCCGCGCAUGCGGCCCGCUGGUUGCACGGCGAUCGCGUCUACACGCCCGGCAAUCAAUAUGGCAGCACUGUCUUGGCCUACGUUGUAAAGGACUUGCCCACACCCUACUGCAAGGAGGCGCGUCUCACCUACGUCAGCAUGCACGAGCGGGUGCCGCGCACUUUCUACUUCAUUGUCUCUUCGCCGGGUGGCGUGGCCGAAGCGAUUUUCAAAGUGAACUUUACUAUGCGCUAUCGCACCGUCUCCAAUAUGGUGGACGAUGAAGAAGAAGAGUUGAGUGAGCCCGAAGAGAUACACUUUCCGGUAUUUGGCGCGGGAGCGGCGGUGCAAAGUGCACGUCGAGAGCGCACAGCCGCCGCGGCAACAUGCGUACUCACAACGCUGGCGUUACUCUUGAGUCACGCGCGCAUGCCAAGCAGGCGUGGCUGGAGUUAGGUGGAUGUGUGCACGCGUGUGAGCUUUUAGGUUGAUUAGAUGGAUCUUGGAUACUUGUUUUUUAUUAAUUUUUCAUAUAUAUACAUUUUUUUGUUUUUAACUAACGCAACUCCAAACUUAGCUUGUAAUCGUCAACUGAAUGUCAAAUGGAAAAGUAUUAGGAAAUACUAAAAAAAUACAUACUAUUAGCUACUAAACUAUGUGUAACUAUAUGCUAAAAUAUCCUAAACCUUACUAUCUAAGAGUAUAUUUGAAAGAAAACAUAUUUGAAAAAAAACACAAAACAAA